GAAACGAUCGAAACAGACACCAAGGAUCUGAUCACGGAGGCACUUAGUGAGAGACAGGCGGCGGCAGAGGAGACUGACAUUUCGGCGAUAGCACCAAAGCGGGCCAACUGGGACUUGAAGCGCGAUUUGCAGAAACAGCUCGAUAGGCUGAAGCCGCAGAAUGACCUGGCAGUGGCCAACUUGAUCCGCAGGCGUGUGCAACAGUCAGAUGAC